CGCUCGCAGUCGGCCGGCUGCUUCCCGGGCGCGCGGGGAGCUGUGGAAUGUCGGGGGGCAGUGGAACGUGGAAGGUAGCCUGGGCAGGACGAGCUGCGCGCUGAUUGGCUGGCGAGGCUAUUUAAAGCGCUGCGGCUGCACAGCCGCUUCACUUCGACCGCUGCGGACUGUAGAGGCGUCCUGCGAGCUUGUGGGCGGUGUGGAAUAGCGGUCCCUGCAAGGAGAUUCCUACAGUAUAUCCGUUUUUACUUUCCUGAAAGACGUGACGCCUGGGUAGCGCUUUUUUUUCUUUGCGUUGGAUUUUGGCUUCUGCCGUCGAUUCGCGAUGAAGGAGAGGAGAAACGCGCAGCCCGUGGUCGUGCGCUGUAAGCUGGUGCUGGUCGGAGACGUGCAAUGCGGAAAGACGGCCAUGUUACAAGUCAUUGCGAAGGACUGCUACCCCGAGACCUACGUGCCGACGGUGUUCGAGAACUACACCGCCUGCCUCGAGCUGGAGGAGCAGCGCGUGGAGCUCAGCCUCUGGGACACGUCCGGCUCGCCGUAUUACGACAACGUGCGGCCACUCUGCUACAGCGACUCGGACGCUGUCCUCCUGUGCUUUGACGUCAGCCGCCCGGAUACCAUCGACAGCGCUCUGAAAAAGUGGAAGACCGAGAUCCUGGACUUCUGCCCCAGCACUCGCAUCCUGCUGAUUGGCUGCAAGACGGACCUGCGCACGGACGUCUGCACGCUGAUGGAGCUGUCCAAUCAGAAGCAGGUGCCCAUCUCCCACGAGCAGGGCUCAGCCAUGGCCAAGCAGCUGGGUGCCGAGGCCUACCUGGAGUGCUCGGCCUUCACCUCGGAGAAGAGCAUCCACAGCGUCUUCCGCACCGCCGCCCUGGCCUGCAUGAACCGCCUGCAGCCGCCCGCCGAGCCCAGCCCCGCCCGCCGCCUCUCCAAGCGCCUGCUGCACCUGCCCAGCAAGUCCGAGCUGCUCACCUCCACCUUCAAGAAGGAGAAAGCCAAGAGCUGCUCGCUCAUGUGAGCCGGGCAGGGGGCGCCGCAGUGCCCGGUGGCACACCGGGGGUCGGGAGGGGAGGAGGGGCAGGGGGCGGUUAAGAGUCUGUAUGUGGAGGAGGGGCGGGUUGGAUGCUCCUUCUCUGCCAUAGGUAGAGACCCCCUCUUUCCCUAAACACCCCAAAAAUGGAAGUGUCCCUCCCAGCUCCUGAUACAGGAUCUUUGUGCCAUGCAUAUCAGCCGAUGAGCAGGUUCCCUGACUUUUGUUUUCCUGUAGCUUGAGUUUGCGCUCAAGGUGCAGCUUAUUGCAAUAUGUUCUCACCAAAAAAUUGUGCCGCUUUGAGUGAAAGUGAGGCUGCCAGGGAAUGGCGGUGGCCGUGCAUGAGAUGAAGGACCGCCAAGGGGAGCACACCUUCAUACACGGGGUUAUAUUCUUCUUCCACCAGUGCGGUGGCGCACAGACGUCUGUUUUGCAGUGUGUGGGCGUGUGUGUUUCUGUAAGUGUUGGGGAGGGGUGGGGGUGGGACACCUGUGGAAUUGGCUGGUGUGCAUGCGUGUUGCUUGUAAAAUCCUGCAUUGCACAAGAGAGGGCUUUUUCUUCGGGAGGGUGUGUAAAAUGUAUAGAAACAUGGCUGGUUUAUACCAGUGGCGCACCCCUUGUGGACAUUUCCCGUAUCGCAGAUGGACGUAACGAUUUACAGAUGGGACGGUGUGUGUGUGGAGGUGGGGGUUGGGAGCCAGGCUGCGCUUUGGAUGUGCCGGACACCUGUCUAGGCCCUAGGUUGUACAGAGGCUUGUGGCCGCCUCCCGGGUCUGGAAUCUGAACCCACGUGUGGAGACGGAGGCACAGAAGCCCUUGAACGCUGUGCGGCGUGGGGAGAAGGGCGUUCUGCAGGUGUGUAGAUGUAAGGAUCGGUGUCCCUGUUCAGCCAGUCUUAUUCCCGGGACGGUGGAGCAAGAGGAAGCUCGUGUUUCAGGUCUUCGGUGUCCUUGCGAUUUGUGGAGAAAGGGACUGACUGGAAAACGUCUUGGCUCAUUAUCUCGUCUCGAAACCAUUUCAUCUCGUCCGUCCGGUUCUCCCAAGUCCGGACUUGAUCUGGCCGGGAGUCCGGACUCGGGCGAGUCCUGCAAUAUUUAUUAUUGAUGUGAUGUACUGUUAUUUAUCCAGGGGCUGGGGAGUUCAUGAGGAGCGGGGGCGUGUGGGAUGCCUGUUUUGUUCAAGUUUCCAAAGGAAGGUGGUUUUCCGAGUUCCAGGCUCCCGGGGCUGUUCAGAUGCCAGACAGAUCUCUUCCCAGUGGAGGGGCUUGCUUCCAUAUAGCUCGAGCAGCGAUCUCCCUUUUAUUCCAGCAGUGGUUCUGAAGCACGGCCACAGCAUGGCUUGGUUUUCUCCCUCCUGCGUCCCACCCCCCUCCCCAGUCAGGGGGUAGAGCGACUAGCUCCUGCGAUGUGGCUGUGGGUAGCAUGCUUCCGAAGAGACUGCGGCUGGGGAGCUCAGAUGGAGAGCAAGCCAGGUGCUGCUUGGGGGUGGGGAGGGGGUAGGUGUUAAAUGUUUCUCCUUUUGCAACAACGUGAUCAAAGCCCUUGGGGGGGGCCUCGCCCCAUCUUUUAUUUCGAAGUAGUUUUGCAAAUGGUUUCCCGUCACUCCCAGCAUGGAACGACGUCGGGUCCAGCGUUGCGGAGGCAUGAUGGGAUAGCACGGGGGUGGGUGUCGUUUUUCUGCGCCACUCCGUGUAGCCUGGACUCCGAAUUCGAGCUGGUUUCGUCAUGCAGACUGAAGUUUACUCCAUCUCUUGUCCUGAAGACUUUUACCUUAAAUCGAGGGUUGUGGGGUCAUGCAGUGCAUUGCCUUGAAAUCUGAUUUAAAGUUGUUGUACAACACCAUGUGUUUUGAGUUUUUUUUUUUUUCCUGGGGCGUAUGGCCAGAGUGGUGCUGUGUCCCAGGCCGGAAUUGCCAAUUGGGUUUUCCAGCAAUGGAGUUGAGGUUCAUAUCCAAGAUUCAUCCUGGAAGCAGGGCUUGUUUUUUUAAGUGGUGGGGUGCAUCUCUGGCCACUUCUGUUGACAUGCGUGAACCGCAGUUGGAUGGGGGUGGUGGGGGGGGGUGACUUUAUUUUACAUGGGAAAGGGGCACAGUUGGGUUUAGAGAUUCAACAGGCUGGUCCUGUCUAAGUUAUUUUUCCAUUUCAAGUUUUAGGGUCAAUUGUCCCCCCCCCUUCUCUCCCCCACAAGUUACUAGAGGUGGGAGGGUGUUUCCUCCCAGUUCUUCAGCGUUUUCCCACUGGAGUCAUUUCAUUCUGGAGCUGUGUGGGUGGCCCCUGUGACCUUUGACUUCAGGAAGUGAUUUGCACAGACUUGGGUUCUUUGGGCAUACACUGGAUUCUUCCUGAGAGGUGCUGGCUAGCGAGAGGUUUUUGGGGUUUGGAAUGAAAACUUUUCCCCCCUUUUUUACAGGAGGGACAAAUUGCAAAAAAGGGAGGGGGGGGGGGGGGGAGUGUCAACCUUUCAUUGUAGCAUUCAGCUCCUAGCAUCUGCUAAUGUCAAGCCAAUGGCUGUACAUAUCCUGUUUUCUAAUCUUUGUAGAACUUCUGGAAGAAUGUUGGGAAGAAACGUGAACAAUAAAUUGUGUGAUUUGAUGUAAAAUAGCUUAAUCUAAUUUAUUAAUAAACUAUCUGGUUAAAUGUUG